GAUGGAGCUACGGAAGUACGCGAGUUUCUUUGGUUUCUUUCGAUCACCGCAGCGUGUGAGCGUUCGCGAAGUUGGACUUUGUUUUGAUUGUUUGUGACUGACAGAGGAGUAGACAAAACCCAAAAAGGAGGGAGAUGUUAGCAGUUAUUCAUUGUGUUAACGACGGUUGAUGAACACUCAUUAUUGAUUAACGGCUUGUUUACCAUUUUUUCCCAGCGUCGUCCGGCAGAUUUUGUUUGCUUGGCGGUAGAAAUAAAUUUUAAAUAAAUAGUUUCAGUAGAUCGUUGUAAUCUCCUUCGCAGCUGCAGGUCAAGCUGGAUGGAAAACUAUGGGACGCAAACGAAAAUCGGACGCUCCGAUGAAAAUCCGUUCAGUGAAGCAAAUAAAGCGGGAAGAAUCUCCUGAAGGCAGCCAUAUAGGGUCUAGUCUGUUGAAAGUUGGUCCGGAGACCACGGCUUCGGAGGCGGCCAGCUCGGAAGUAACAAAUCGCUCCAGUUCGAGCAAAAAGCCAUGGAUCGAGAAAUGUCAACAGUGGGUAGUUGAACAGCAAGACGAGGUGGCCGAGUUGUCGGCUUUUCGGGCCCGUAUGAAGUUGAUCACCAAUAUUAACUUCUUUUCCCGAUCAGCCUAGAUAGCUGUGUAGUGUCGGUAGCGGUUAGUUCAACUGGCUAAGAAUAGCACUACGGACCGCCUGUUCCAGUGGUAGAAAUCCACUAAUCAGGUGACCCCUAAUUCAUGGUGUUAUGCGGCUUUACGCUUACCGUGCCUAGGAAUGAAUGGCUAGGGGGGUCUAAUAAAAACCUAACCGCAAACGGAGCCUGUGGAGUACCAGGGCACCCUCCACAGUAUUUGCCCUUACUGUGCUAACCGGAGCAAUAGCGCGGUGGACCUUGUGUUUCUCCGAGACAAUCAGCUGCCCUUCUUCAAUCUCAUACUUGAGGCUGAAUAAGGGCGGGAUUAUGAAGAUGUUAUCAAUUAGUUUAAAUUUUCACCUAUAUGGUUUCGCAUUAUGCGUUUUACACAGUGUAUUCUGUGCAUCCUCGCCUUUGGCGCACUCAAAUCGAUACCGAUCUGGCUUUAUUGUUGUUGUUCUUUUUUGUGCUGUGAUUGUUAAGAGUUUAAUCUUGCCUAGUUUGGGUAGUGGCUACGGUUAGGAUAGCUCAGAUCAAUCUUCAGCACAAAAGAACAGCAACGAUCAAUCUUUGUAGACUUAUGCAAAAUGGUACAGCCCAAGUGGCGUUAGUCCAAGAACCUUACUUUCGUAAGGGGAAUUUCUAUUUAGGAAACCUUGUGAAUCCGGUGUUUGCUACUUUCAGUAAAAAUGAAAUGGCAAACUCACGUGUCAUGCCUCGAGCAUGUGUGCUUGUCAACAACGCAAUCGUUGCUACACUCAUCUCUGAACUAACUACCAGAGAUGUAUGUGCUAUCACAAUAGAUGUAUCUGUUGGAAACCUCAACAGGAAAUACGUUUAUUGUUCGGUUUAUUUACCGCAUGAUGAACCAUCCCCUACGGAUGCUUUCAAGCAAGUCAUUGCAUACUGCACUUCAAAAGGCCUUCCGCUAAUUGUUGGUAGUGAUGCUAAUGCUCACCAUAUAAUCUGGGGCAGCUCAGACAUCAAUUUGAGAGGCUCCAGUUUGAUGGAAUACUUGAGUAGUACAGAUCUUGGAUUACUUAACAUAGGCAACCGCCCAACCUUUAUGGUAUCAGGUAGAGAGGAAGUGUUAGACAUAACGCUUUGCUUUAGCAGAAUUAGUCAUGAGCUGACCAAUUGGCAUGUGUCAGAUGAAGAAUCUUUAUCUGACCAUCGUUACAUCUUGUUUGAACAUGUGAAUGUUACUUCGCAAACUUUGCGUUUCAGGAAUCCCCGGUCAACCAACUGGGAUCUCUUUACCGAUUUGGUUGCAGCCAAAUUUCAUGGAUACUCACCAUCAAUUGACACUCCAAGUGAUUUAGAUGAUGCCGUUGAUACUACAACGGCCUUCAUCAUGGAAGCUUUUGAAGAAGCCUGCCCUCUGCGGUCUGUGAAGACCACAAGAGGAACCCCUUGGUGGAACUCCGAUCUGGCGAAGCUCAGGAAACAAUGUAGAAAGAGUUGGAACAGACGACGUUCGGCUGGAUCGGAGGCUUUCAGGUCGGCUCGCAAGGCCUACCAGAAAGCUCUUCGGUCUGCUGAACGAUCCGGCUGGAAAAACCUUUGUACAAAUGUUUCCAGUCUGAGUGAAGCCAGUCGAUUGAACAAAAUCCUUGCAAAAUCUAAGGAUUUUCAAGUGAACGAACUUCGUUUGCCAAAUGGUGAUUUCACUUCCUCUGAUGAGGAAGUUUUAGAAUGUUUAUUCAGUACACACUUCCCCGGAUGUGUGGAUAUUACAUCUUCGGAUGAACCUGAUGUCUUUUCUUGUGGUUAUGAUUCUUUAGCUUCGGCUCGGAGUAUCAUAACUUUAGAAUCGAUUGAAUGGGCACUUAAAAGCUUUGCACCUUUUAAAUCUCCUGGGGCAGAUGAGAUUUAUCCUAUUUUGCUUCAGAAGGGAUUUGAUCAUUUCAAACAUGUUUUGAAACAACUACUUGUUUGCAGUUUUGCUACAGGGUAUAUUCCCAAGUCCUGGCGGGAUAUUACUGUGAAGUUUAUUCCGAAAGUGGGUCGCGCGUCGUAUGAAGAAGCAAAGAGCUUCAGACCCAUCAGUUUGACCUCUUUUCUUCUGAAAUGCUUAGAACGCAUAGUCGAUCAUCACAUCCGUGAUGUUCAUCUGGCCAAUGUGCCUCUUCAUGUGAACCAACAUGCUUACCAAUCUGGAAAGUCCACUGUGACUCUUUUACACAAAGUUGUUUACGAUAUCGAGAAGGCAUUCGCUCAAAAGCAAUCUUGUUUGGGUGUUUUCUUAGAUAUCGAGGGUGCCUUUGACAACGUGCCUUUCGAUGCCAUAUUGGAAGCCGCACGGGGUCAUGGUAUAUCUCCAAUGAUUUUCAAUUGGAUUCACCAAAUGCUCAAAAACCGACAUCUCUUCUCGACAUUGCGUCAAGCGGCGAUUAGGAAAUUGAGUGUUUGUGGAUGCCCCCAAGGGGGAGUCUUAUCACCACUUUUAUGGAAUCUCGUAGCAGAUACGCUUUUGAGGCAACUCAAUAAUAGCGGUUUUCCUACUUAUGGUUUUGCCGACGACUACCUAACAUUGUUAGUCGGUAUGUGCAUCAGCACCCUUUUCGACCUGAUGCAAAACGCUCUUCAGGUAGUUGAGGGUUGGUGUCGCCAAUAUGGCCUUUCGGUAAAUCCGAGUAAAACAUCUAUUGUUCUUUUCACGGAAAAGCGAAACCGUAAUGGUGUUCGAACUUUACGUCUCUUUGAUUCUGAAAUCAAUGUGACUGAACAGGUAAAGUACGUUGGAGUCAUUCUUGAUUCCAAGCUUUCCUGGACACCUCAUGUUGAGUUCAGAAUCAAGAAAGCUUGUAUGACCUUCGGGCAAUGCCGGCGAACCUUUGGUACAACUUGGGGUCUAAAACCCAAGUAUAUCAAAUGGAUCUACACAACUGUUGUUCGGCCAAUAUUGGCCUAUGGAUGUCUUGUGUGGUGGCAAAAGGGCGAAGUGAGAACGGUCCAAUCAAAGUUAGGCCAUCUCCAAAGGAUGUGCUUAAGGUGACUUGGUGCAUCACAGAAUUUUCAUAGGAAUCAUUGACUUUUAAAUUUUCAAUGAUUGUUUGCCUCGCGUUUUUGAAGUGAUAAAAAACGGGCAAUUCUGCAGCCACGCAGCAGAAAAAGUAUCAUUACACUCACCACGAGUGCGCAUAUGGGAUGAUACAUUUUCAUACAAAUAUGCGCUUUGAUAACUGAGUUUUAUCACUUUGAAAUUUCGAGCGAGAUUUCAAUGAUGCUGAUGACGCACUACGCGUC